UGGCUAACGCAGCAGGCCCUGAAGGGAACCCCGGCCCUGAGAGUCCGCUGCGCCUCUCUGCGCCUCUCUUCUCUCCGCAGACCCGCGCGGCUUCAGCCCGCCCGUACUCGCUGAGUCUGCCCCGCAGCCGCUGCUGUGCGGCCUGCGUCGCCUCCCGUAGUUCCCCGACAGGCUAUGGCCGCCCGCCUCCUGCGCGUCGCCUCCGCCGCCCUCGGCGACACGGCCGGCCGGUGGCGGCUUCUCGCACGACCGCGCGCGGGAGCCGGCGGCUUCCGCGGGAGCCGAGGGCCUGGCCUGGGCGGCGGCGCAGCGGCGACGCGGACGCUGAGCGUAUCGGGGCGAGCGCAGAGCAGCUCAGAAGAUAAAAUAACAGUCCACUUUAUAAACCGUGAUGGUGAAACAUUAACAACCAAAGGAAAAGUUGGUGAUUCUCUGCUAGAUGUUGUGGUUGAAAAUAAUCUAGAUAUUGAUGGUUUUGGUGCAUGUGAGGGAACCUUGGCUUGUUCUACUUGUCACCUCAUCUUUGAACAGCACAUAUUUGAGAAAUUGGAAGCAAUCACUGAUGAGGAGAAUGACAUGCUUGAUCUGGCAUAUGGACUAACAGAUAGAUCGCGGUUGGGCUGCCAGAUCUGUUUGACAAAGGCUAUGGACAAUAUGACUGUUCGAGUACCUGAUGCCGUGUCUGAUGCCAGAGAGUCCAUUGAUAUGGGCAUGAACUCCUCAAAGAUAGAAUAAAUAGGAAUAUUUUCACAACAUUUUACCCUAUUUUUAUAAUUAUUAUUUCUUAAUGUAAUUAAAUGAGAACAUGGAUGAAUGGAUUUAUCAUUAUGACUAGAUUUACUAAAUUUAUCUGAUAUAACUGCUGAAUUUUGUAGUUCUGAAAGUAUGCCAUUUUUAUUUUGAUUAAAUUAUAAAAACAAGUAUUAGAAAGUAGUUAGUAUGAUAAAACCUUAUAUAUUUUACCUGUGAUUGAUCAGCAACAUAAAUCUUAUGCCUACUUACCAAUAAGUAAGUAGGUUAAAAAGGUGUCAUUAUCUCUCUUGAAUGUGGAUGGAGGCAGAGAUGUAAGAUGGCUUGUCUAGGGUCAUACUGCAAAUUAGAAGAUCAGUACUAGAACCGUACAUGUUUAGAUCGAAACUGGGAAAAUUAGGGAUAUCUUAUUUAAAGUCUGAGCACUGAUAAUCAAGCACUGUCAAAGAUGUUUGGUCUCAAUUCUGACUGAGGUGGAGGAGUAAACUAAAAAUUAAAUGUGUUUUUUUUUUAAAUCCUGA